CGUCACAUCACGCCAGACGCCAGCACAUGCGCCCCCCUCCACCUGCCGCUGCCCGCUGCCCCAUCAUCAGCAUCACUUUGCGGAAAUUGAGUUCCUUAGCAGUCACAUCGGAAAAAUGUCUCUGGCUUGAAGGUUGCCCUUAUCCGUUACGUAAUGUUUCAUGGAUUAAAAAGAUUUAAUGAACUAACUACUGCCGUAAGCAUUGGAUACGGGGGAGACUUCCUUGUGAAAAGAUCACCGGUCAAUGUUUCGCGCGAAGUUUGCAAUAUGGCGGGCAAAGCGCUUGUGAGCUGUGUGAGGAACAGCAAAAUUUUAGUCGUAGGCGCUGGUGGAAUCGGCUGCGAGUUGCUGAAGAACUUGGUUCUUGCAGGCUUUCACGAUAUUGAAGUGAUCGACCUAGACACCAUAGACGUGAGCAACUUGAACAGACAGUUCCUAUUCCGAAAAGUUCAUGUGGGAAAAUCGAAAUCUUUGGUAGCGAAAGAAAGUGCCGAGAUGAUAAAUCCCGAUGCUAAGAUUAAAGCCUAUCAUGACAGCGUCAUCAAGCCAGAGUAUGGACUAGAGUUCUUCAAAAGGUUUUCCAUCGUGAUGAACGCACUCGACAAUAGAGGUGCUCGCAGCCAUGUAAAUCGCAUGUGCUUGGCUGCAAAUGUCACUCUCAUUGAGAGUGGCACAGCUGGGUACCUGGGCCAAGUUACUCCAAUUAUUAAGAAUGUUACUGAAUGCUAUGAGUGCCAGCCUAAGCCUGCAGUGAAAACCUAUCCAGGAUGUACAAUACGAAACACGCCCUCAGAGCCCAUUCACUGUAUUGUAUGGGCAAAACACUUAUUUAAUCAGCUAUUUGGUGAAGGAGAUGCAGAUGAUGAUGUGUCACCGGAUUCCACUGACCCAGAGCUAAUUGGCGAAGUGAACUCUGACAAGCUGGUGCAAGAAUCUGAUGACAUAGGGUCUCUGCGUCGUGUUACUGUUUCAACAAGAACGUGGGCAGUGAGCUGUGGAUAUGACCCUGAAAAGUUGUUCAACAAGCUGUUCAGCGAUGACAUCUCUUACCUGCUUCGUAUGGAUAGGCUGUGGAAGAAGCGCACCCCACCCACCUCUCUUAAAUGGGGCAUUCUUCCAGAUGCAAUUCCCAGCAGCAGCAACAACAGUGUAGCUGGAACCAGCGAUCAAAGGUUAUGGAGCAUUGCUGAAUGUGGCAGUGUCUUCAGUGAAUCCCUGAAAAGCCUCAAGGCACGCACGGAAGCGCUUGCUCCUGGAGAUCAUCUGGUUUGGGACAAGGAUACAAAAGAUUGUUUGGACUUUGUUACAGCAUGUUCCAACUUGAGAGCACAUUGUUUUGGAAUUCCUCAGAAAAGCAGAUUUGAUGUCAAGUCUAUGGCGGGGAACAUCAUUCCAGCUAUUGCCACGACCAAUGCGAUUAUUGCUGGGAUCAUUGUCCUCCAGGCUUUUAAAGUUCUGCAGGGAAAAAAGGAGAGCUGCAGUGCAGUAUAUCUGAAUAGACAACCAAAUCUGAGGAAGAAAAUGAUUGUGCCUACCGAUUUGGACAAACCCAGUCCUAAGUGUUAUGCUUGCUCUUCUAAAGCUGAGAUUUUUGUAAACCUUAAUACAAGGCAUGUCACAUUACAAGUGCUUGAAGACAAGAUUCUGAAGGAGCAUCUUCAUAUGUGGGCCCCAGAUGUUGAAGUUGAUGAUGGCAAGGGAACAAUUCUCAUAUCAAGCGAAGAGGGUGAAACAGAAGGUAACAGGGAGAAACGCCUUGCUGACUUGAGAGUAACACAUGGGACCAGACUGAGAUGUGACGAUUUCCUGCAGAACUUCCAGCUUGUGAUAAACAUUGUACACAAGGACAGUUUAGAGGAUGGCAAAGAGUUUGAAAUUGUUGGAGAUGUUUCUCAGCCAGAGCCUGAGCAAGAAGCUUCACAGCAGCAAGCAUCUGGAGAGCCACAGAAUUGCCUCAUGGAAGACGAUGACGACUUGGUCCUGGUGGAGCCUGGCGAAAGCCGCAAGCGGCCACUAGAAGAUGACAACCGUAAUGGUGUCCAUUGGAAACGUGCCUGCAUUGUUGUGGAUUGACACAAUAUAGACCACGAUUAGGUGCACAACUUCACGUAAACUGUACUACUGAUCCAACUCUUAGUGUGAAAUUGUAUGCUUGAUUACUGAACCUAGGCUUCGCUACAAUAGCAUUGAUUGCUACGAUGUAAUGUUGGUAUUGCCACAAAUAUAAUUGAUGCGGUACGAUUACUGCUGUGCUAAGUGUUAAGCUAAUUGAUUCUGUAGCCAAUUGUUUCCAGUUGUGAUGUUAUUUAUAACUCAUGUAAUAAAAAGGUCGAGAUA